AUGGCGUCCUCAUCGACACAGACUCCGCUCCUCUACUCUUGCAUAGCGCACAACACGACGAUCCUCUCAGAAUGCACGACCUCGGCGUCGUCGCAGACGUCGUCGCUCGCGUCGCUGAUCCUGCCCAAGAUCACGCACGACACGCCGCAAAAGCUGACAUAUACGCACGGCUCGAACCACAUCCAUUACAUGUCGGAGGCGCCGUCGGCGCACCCGGGCAACGCGGCGGCGGGCGGGCUGACCUUCCUGGUGGUGGCCGACUCGUCGCUGGGCCGCCGUGUGCCGUUCGGCUUCCUGUUUGAGAUCCGCAAGCGCUUCUUCCAGGAGUUCCCCGCCGACGCCACCGACUUCGCCGACCUGCCCAACUACGGUGCCGGUAGCUUCAACGGCGAGCUCAAGUCGCUGAUGGUGGAGUUCGGCACCACGAGCGGCGGCCGCGACGACGCCAUCGGCAACGUCCAGCGCGAGAUGGACGACGUGCGCGGCAUCAUGACCCGCAACAUCGAGGGCCUGCUCGAGCGCGGCGAGCGCAUCGACCUGCUCGUUGACAAGACGGAUCGCCUGGGCGGCAGCGCGCGCGAGUUCAGGGUGCGGAGUCGCGGCCUCAAGAGGCAGAUGUGGUGGAAGAAUGUCAAACUGAUGGCAUUGCUUGCCCUCGUGCUCUUACUGAUUAUUGUUGCUAUUGUGAUCGCCGUUGAAAACGCCACCGGUUAA